AUGAGAAUAACAAAAGUUCUGACAACGCUUAGCGUUUUGAUAGUUAUCAGCCUUUUGUCACCAUGUAUGUCUAAGAAUUUAUUUCUUGAAAAAGUUAAAGAACAGUUAGAUGCAUUCGAUAAGAAUAUGAAAAAAAAAGACUUUAAAAAGAAAGUAUAUAUCUCAACAGCUGUUUUGGGAUUAGCAAUACUUGCAAAUGUAUUGCUAGGGGUAGGGUACCAUAGUUAUAAGAAAAAACAAAACGAAAAACAGAAAGAACAAGAAAAAAAACAACAAUAUCAAAGACAUUUUCAACAGAAGUUCCAGAAAUCAUAUGAGAAACCUCUUCAACAACAGCCUGAACAACAGCAAAAGCAACCGUCUGAACAACAGCUGAAGCAACCGUCUGAACAACAGCUGAAGCAACAACCAAAACAAAAUUAUUCUGAUUAUAAAUUAAAAACAGAUUCUAAUAAAAAUUCAAAAACCGUAAAGGAAAUCAUGGAUAAAGUAAGUCGAUUAUCAGAAAAAAAUAUGGCAAAAAUGCUCAAGUCAGGAAAAUCAUAUAAUCCAAGGUUAAUUGAGAUUAUAUCAAGUGUUGAAAGUGAAGUAAAAAAGAGAAAUGCGAAACUUGAUAAACAUGACAUUUCUAACAUAUCUUACGAUGUUUUGAAAAACCUUUAUCAAACCUCUGAACGAUGGAAAAAGAACCCAAACUUAAUUCCUAAUAUGUAG